CGCCCUGAGUGAUCUGUUGGACUUCAGAACCCUCGCACGACCCUGACAGCGCCUUAUACUGCCCGCUGCACGGCCGAAAAGAGGCUUGGAAACUCAGGCUGUCUGGCUGAGGUAUCACCCACACUGCAUUGGAACUUCUUAGAGAAAGAAGCAAAAAGGAAAGUGAAACAGUUAGCCACGUCUCGACAAUCUCAUGUCUUCCAGGAAGACUUCCGUGGCGGCUCUGUGCAGCCCUUAAGCUGAACCUGGUUGUGCAAUCCCUGCUCACAGCCAGCUGGCAGCGCCUCGGGCCGCUUCCCAUUCCCGAAACUGCCCGGAGAAGCUGCACUUCGCGUCCGUUCCACCACCGCAGCGCGGCCAUCCCGGCCCGGGGGCUGAGCAGGGGCCCUCAGACUGGUGAGCGCAGAAGUUGCCGUCUUCCGUGGGACAAGGCGGGAUGGCAGGCGGCGGAGGGAGGGAGGCUGCUUCUGGGCUCUGUGAAGGGGCUGACAAGGCAUCUUGGUUCAGGAUAAAGAGCUUUCGUCAGGGCAACCAGGGUUCAAAUCCCUGUCCGGCUAGUUACUAACUGAGAGGCUCAACUUCUUUCCUUGCUAAGUCGGGACAGGAAACACUCCUUAAUGGGGCUGUCUGAAGUUUCAGCGAAACUUGCUGGAGAGUGUGGUAUGACUCAUUGAACAAGUUGCAUCUUCUCCUCCCUUGGCUGGGGGGCUGAUGAGCCCACACAGAGACGGAGGAGCCUUCCUUGGCCACAGGAAUUUCCCUGGAAUUUCUAAAUCGGCGUGGUUUGGGGGUGAUAUCUUCUCAGAGGAAAAAAAGGUGGCUGGGAGCAUCUCUAAUUCUGCUGUGGACAAAAUGAGCAUGGAUUUGGUGCCCCAGAAUCAGCUGGACAACCAGGAAGGGGACGAAUAUGAGGAUGAGGAAGAAUAUGAGGCUGGUAUUGACUCAGAAAGGGACAUGGAUGACAUUCUUCCAGGUGAAGAUGCAGAUCUACAAGAGGGGGAUCUGUCAGCUAGAGAAAGAAUGUUUUUGGGUGAAUUUCCCAUCCAAAAACAGGAGCUGGAAGAGGGCAUCAGAUUUCUCCAUGACCUUGCAAAUGGUUUCGACAGAAACCACCAAAUAUUCACCAAGACCAACAUAGUGACCAGCUCCCUCGGCCUCGUGUCUGCAGCCAUGGGCAUCAUGGGUGUGGUCCUGGCUCCGGCAACGGCAGGAGGAAGCCUGGUGCUCUCCACCUCUAGUCAAGGCUUGGGGGCAAUCGUUGGGGUCACCAGCAUGUUGACCAACUUUCUGGAAUAUUCUCAUGACAAAAAAGUCCGAACUCAGGCCAGCGGCCUAAUGCCCACCCGUGACCAAGAGGCCAGGGAGGCCGAGGAGAAGGCAGCCUGUGUCAUGGCGGCCGGUAAAGCUGCUUAUAACUGUGGUGACACCAUCAAAAACAUGAAGAAGAACGUCCGUGCCUUUCGGAUGACCAGAGCCCACCCCCGCUUGACCGCCGCUGCCAAGCGUUUCCUGAUCACUGGCCGGGUCUCGGCCCGAAGGAUGAAGCAGAUGGAAAAGGCCUUUGAUGGCACCGUACUGUUGAUGACCAAAAAUGCACGCUUGAUGAGUAAUCUGUUCGCUGGCUUGUCGCUUGGUGUUGACGCGGCCACUGUCUGGAAUAACUGGAAGGAACUGCAGGGAGGAGCACGUGCAAAGUAUGCAGAGGAGCUGAGGGCCCGGGCUCGCCAGCUGCAAACGCAGCUGACGGAACUCACCCGAUACCAUGAGAAGCUGCAGCAGAAACUCUUCGAAGAAACCACGGCCUCUGAGUCAUCCUUGCAGGGAGCCAUGGAGAACCUGUCUCUGCCCACCGCCAGGCCCGGGGAAGCAGGAGCUGAGGAGAGCAAUAGGACACGCUAGCCAGGAACCGAUGGCUGAGACCCCAGACUCACACACAACAGGAUGUCACUGGAACCUGCUCGUCCAGAUUCCUGCGGGGAAGGGGAGCCCCAGGAGUCCCUCUGCAUCCUCCCACCGCCUUCUUAGGCCCUGAAGGAACUCAAUGGCUGCCCCAGUUCACCUCCCUAAAAAAAAUUUCUUUUAUAAUCUGUUUUACCAGCUAUUUUUAAAGUAGUAUGUGUACAUUCAAUGCAAUUUCUGAAAAAUCAGGAAAGUAAAAAUUGGGGGGAAGAAACAGUGCCCAGACCAAGAGUGAGGCUGGUUGGCAUUGGGGCCUCCCUGCUCCCUGGGGCUUCCCGGCUUUGGGAGUCAAAAUGCUGGUUUGGCAGGUUGUCAGAUCGCCUGCUGGGACCUCCUCCGCUGCGCUCUAAAAUAAUACCUUUCUGCAGUCCACUGUCUUCUUCUCCUCUCAUUCCCAAUUCCUCCAUUUGCGCACAGAUCCGUCACUGUCUGUCCUGCUCUUUUCCCAUAACAGUACUUUCUACCGCUCACUGCCCUGCUCUGUUUUUAUAGGCUGUGUUUCUUCUCUAUGUUACAAAAUGUUCUGUGUGUGUGAUCGUUUAAUUGGCCUGUAUUAGUCAUCGCUCUUUCAUUCCUUUUAAAGUGUCCCCAAACAGCUCAAACUCUAAGUAACAAAAAUAAUUUAUUGGCUCAUGUACUUAUGAAGUUUAGGGGCACCCAUGUGUCAGCAUCCAGAGGACCAAAAAGAUACCCCUGGGCUUCUGGCUUCCCGUCUCAGGCUUCUGCCAACGCAGGCCAGAUGGCACCAGCACCCCUGGGUGCUCUUCUCCCAGCUCAGUGCUCCCAGGGGGGACGUCGGGGGAGGGCGGUUCUUCCUGAACGUUACCCAAGUCAAGGCCUGGAUCUGGGUGGGCAGGACUGGGUGACCUGCCUCUGCCGGGGGUGGGGGGUGUUGGGGACUCCAGGGUUGAGUCCCCCACAGGAAAGAGAAGGGAGAAAGGAAAUAAAAGACCUAAAAGCAACACAUGGUCUGCUAUUUGUCCCUCUCUUUUCAUGAACAUUUAGACGAUUUCAAAUGUCUAAUUAUGCAGAAUGGUCAAAUGAAGAUCUUUGUGACAAAAGCAUUUCUCCUGGUAUUCUUGUCUAAAAAGAGUCCCUAAACCAGGAUACCUAAGAUAGCCUAGAAGGAGGAGACCCCCACCCCCACCACCAGAUUAUAAUAGUAAAACACGCCACAGGGAAUCUGGAAAAGAUUUUUUUAAUUGUGUGGGAAAGAUAGCCACUAUCAACGUCAUGGAGUCUCGCGAGCCCGUCUUUGCUUUAUAACUCUUACGAUUUAGGGAUUUGAAAUAGUUGCAGUCUUGCCGCCCAUGCCAUUUUGUUUUCUGCUUCUGUUGGUCUCACUUCUUUGUGCUUACAAUUUUUUAUAAUUUCUUAUAAUUUUAAUUAUUUUUCAUAAGCAUAAUUGUAAACGGCUUUCUCUGCAUUUGAUGUUGCUUUCUUAGUGCAUGAGCAUGCUACAGGUAACCAACAAUAAUACAACAAAAGACAUUCACCAAGUUUGGGGUUUUGUUUCUUGUGUGGAAUGGCUGGAAGAAAAAAAAGGAGCACAGAUCAGAGAACUGGGAUCUGGGCCUCAUCUUUGCCACUUAUUUGCCAGGUCCCCUUGGGGCCUCCACACUGACUAUAAACCACCUUCCAUUGUGAAUUACCCAGGGAGAAAUAUUAAAGUCUAAAAUUCAAUCUCCUUGCAAACAAAAAAUUUAAAGGAAUUAGUCUGAAAUAAAAUUGGGUUUCCUUUGUGAAUUAAAAGCCCAAAGAAAUAAAAAUCCUUUAAAGUCCACAAGAAUCAAACUCUAUAAUCAAAUAGUCUUCUAGAGCUCAAUGCAUUUUUUUUAGGUCAGUUACUUUUUUUUUAAAUUCAUUUUUAUUGAGAUAUAUUCACAUACCAUACAAUCAUCCAUGGUGUACAAUCAACUGUUCACAGUACUAUCACAGUCAUGCAUCCA